AUGAAUCAAGCCCAACACAUUGAAGUGACUCUUUCUAGAGUAUCAAAACAAUCGAAGAUUGAUUAUCGUUGUAGAUUGAAUGCUUCGAUUGUUUGUCUUCGCUAUCUUAUUAGGCAAGAUAUAUCUAAUGUUGUAUUGAAAAAUGCUCCUGACAUCCAAAGUGAUAUCAUAAAUGCAGUUGCAGUUGAGACAACAAAAGCUAUCAUUAUGGAUAUUGAAAAUGACUUUUUCUCUAUUUUAGUUGAUGAGUGUCGGGAUGUAUCUGUGAAGGAGCAAAUGGGUGUUGUCAUACGCUAUGUGGAUAAGAAUGGAUGUGCUAUUGAACGUUUUCUUGGUCUUGUGCAUGUUAGUGACACAGCUGCAACCUCACUUGAGAUGGGUAUUGAUUCUUUAUUCUCUACUCAUGGCUUAAGUGUUUCCAGUUUGAGAGGUCAGGGAUAUGAUGGUGCAAGUAACAUGAGAGAGAUGGAAUUGAAGCGGCCCGGGGAUACUCGUUGGAGUUCUCAUUAUGGUACUCUUAUCAACCUAAUGCAUUUGUUUUCUUCUAUUAUUGAUGUUCUUGAGUAUGUUGGGAAUAAUGGAAAUGAUGAUGCACAGAGGGCUGAAGCCAUUGAUUUGUUAGAAGUUAUGAAUCACUUUGAGUUUGUCUUUGUGUUACAUAUUAUGAGGCAAAUCUUGGGAAUCACACAUGAACUAUCUCAAGUGCUACAAAGAAAGGAUCAAGAUAUUGUUAAUGCUAUGAAUCUUGUUAAGGUGGAAAAAACAUGUUUGCAAGCAAUGAGAGAUGAUGGUUGGGAGAUUUUGUUGAAAAAAUGA